AUGAGAGAGAUGCCGUUCAAAUACCGCGAACAGAGUUAUUGUUUCAUGGAUGAACGGCCGUCCGCAGGCUACCGCAGAGGUGGAGGUCAACGCAGUGCAUUAAGACGCAAGGUAGGUGGAGGACGAAGCGCAUAUCGUCCUGUGCAGACCCCUGAAAGCGAAUUAGCAGAUGGUUUAAGUAAAAAUGCAUUACGAGACGACAAGAGCAUCCAUCGAUCGGUGCAAGUAUUGGACGACGCGACUGAUGACGCGCCUCCACCUGCUCCGUUGCAGUCUUCGCUGCGAGCAUCGCUUAGCAAGUCUUUGAAACAGAGUGCAAGCAACAUAAAGACGGAAAAAAAUUUGCAGGUGAAAAGUGAAGGACAGCGCCAGAUAAAUUUGGCGUCCUUGUCGUCGCCGCAAAUGGGAAAAGGGAAGCCCAAAAAGUUUGUGAGCAGUUUGGCCCAAUCGAUUAAGCAGGAUCAUGAACUUCGAUCAAAACAAGAAAAGAGUGAAGUAACAGGAAGAGCAGCACAGAGCCCAAGUUUUGAUCGUUCAGUAGGUCGAGUUCCUUCACGACGCUCGAACAGUAGGGAACAGGUACAACACGUCAACAGCCGAAAGCAUCCGCAUCGUUCUCAUAGUCGAGAGUCGGGGCAGCAAUUUUCUAAAGAUCAACGAUCGUAUCGAUCGGGCCAUCGAUCUAUGUCAAAUAGUAGGCUAACGAGAAAAAAUAGCACGGACAGUGUUUCUUCACAACGAUCGGACUGCAGCGACAGAAGCUCACGCAGUGAGCGGUACAAUAAGGAAUCGUGGUCAAAUUUAUACGAUGGAACGCAGCCUCCGCACACACUUUCUGACGGACUUUCUUCGCCUAAGCCAACCUCAGCCGGAUCUACAAUCAAAAGUAUGUCGGAUGUUUACAUUCUCAAGGAGUACCAUGUUCCUGCAACUACUGGUCGCUCGCUUAGUCGACAACAACAAGAUACGUGGCAACGGUCAUCUUUGAAUGCAGGAGCUAAUUGUCUACGUAGAAUCAACUCAUCUGCUUCAGUCAGAUCACUGGGGGCAUCUAGUUUGCAAGCUGCUUGCAGAGCAGAUUCUGCAGAUAUAAAAUUACAUCCAUCGGGCUUCGAAGGGCUGCCAGAAGACGCUUCUGUUACAGACUCGAUUAUGACGAAGUCAGAGCAAUUUUGUGUUAAUGAAAGUGAGAAAAUCUCAUCUGAAAAAACGCACUUGCUGCCUGUGGUAGAUGAAACAGUCCGCAAACGUCUUAAGGACACUUUACGGGAACGUUUGGAGGCUCGAAGUCUGGAGCGUGGUGGCAGUCUGGCUAACAUAAAAAAAUCAAUAAAUCGAAUGAGCCCGGUUGUGGGCGAGUCACAACAACACAGUCCACUCAAUGAAAAGGAUAAAAAUAUGAGAGAAAAAAGUUCAGAGGAACGUGAUACUGAUAAGGAUGCAAGAACUCGCGACUACUAUGCAAUUCUUGACAAGGAAAACGCUGAGCAGGAAGCUACACGACGCGGUGCUCCCUUUAAGUCCUCAUUGAUUUCUUCAAUUGAGUACAAUGCGGCACCACUUCAAUCCUCCCUCGCAGCAUCAAUUGAUGCUACGCUGCCGCGAAAAAUAGAUUCGUCGAUUGCCUUUCGAUCCGUUCGGACUCUAAAAUCAUCAUUGGCAGCUGCUGUCGCACCAUCUCGAUCAGCUACUGUACGCGCUAAAAAGUUGCAAUAUUCAAUUUCUGAGUUGAGGAGACUCAUGGCAUUUGCCAUUGCUCGGCCAGCAGAUCUUAUCGACAUGAAGAUUGAUGAGGUCAUUCGAUUGCGCAAUCCGUCUUCAGGCAUUAAGCGUUCAUUUAAACGACUUGGAGCGGGUAAGAAUAUCGAAAGGGUUAGAUCUACAGUAAAUAACACAAGAAAAGGCGAUCGUCUCGAUAAUCGUACAGUGAGUGGUCAAGGUAUUGUACGAAAUGGUAGACGAGAUAAGCAGGGAGGCCGGGGCGGACGCAGUGGUGGACGUUGCGGUCGUGGAGCUGGUGGCCGUGGCAAUUUUGGUCGGCCGUCUCCUGUGUCGAUGUAUGAUGGUCCUAUUGAACCGUUAGCUGUGUCUGAAAAUCGCUGGAAGCCUGGUAAGGAGAAAGAAGCUUCACCAUACGAGAAGACAUUGAGCAAUGUUAAGUGUUUACUGAACAAACUCACGAGAGAGAAAUUCGCGAAGUUGGCAAGCGAGCUUUGUGCAGUUGACAUCAACAGUUUCGUCCUGUUAAGUUCAAUAGUAUCGGUAAUAAUGGAUAAAGCAUUGGAAGAGCCUAAUUUUGCAGAUGUGUACGCCGAUCUGUGCAAAGAGUUUCAUGCGCGAACAGUUAAAAAGACGUGGAGUUUUUUGAGUGUAUUCAGUGAUGAAAACGGCUCAUACUAUUGGACUGGGAUCGACAUAGCAACCUUUGCGGUGUUUGUUGGCCCUUUUGACAGUCCGCACAGUUGUCUUGAGGACUUCGAUGCCUGUGAAAGUGCAGCAUCUACUACAAUUACUUGUGAAGACAUUGGCUUCAUCAAGUUUCGUCGUCACCGUGAUUUCCUGAUUGCUGUGGGAGAGAAGGAACCUGGAGCGUAUUAUUAUUCAAAGCGGAAAAUUAGCGAAAUAGGCGUUGAUGAGCCAUUCGGUGGACCAUUUGGUUCAGUCGAACUUGCUCACCACGCGUCUGGUGCACAAACCACUUUUACACGCUUACUCGUUAAUCGCUGUCAAGGCGAGUUCGAAAAGACAAAUAAGCACAUCGGCUCGCAAGAUUGGGCUAUGGAAGAUGAGGAGGCUGAUCCUCAUCGACGUGAAAUUCUUGCCAUACGUGCGAAAGCAAAGAUGCUGGGUAACAUUCGCUUCAUCGGUGAAUUAUACAAGGUAGAUUUAGUCAAGCAAUCUGGAGUUCAAGGGUGUAUCUUGUACUUGCUUGGAUUGGAGUUAAUUUGUGGAAAAGAUGGUCAAGAAGCCCGGGCUCAAACAGCACGCUUUCCGGAUGAACAGGAUUUGGAAGCACUGUGCAAGAUGUUAAGCACCGUUGGAAAAAAAUUUGAUCAGCCGAAUACAAGAACAAUCAUGAAAAUUAUCAUCUUGCGCAUGGUUGAGCUUUCAAACGACAAGAAGUUGCCGUCUCGAGCUCGCUUCUUGAUCAGAGAUAUACUAGAGACACGAGAUCACAUGUGGGAACCCCGACGAAAGGAGAUGCAACAGAAGACGUUGGGUGAAAUUCGGAAGGAGGCACAGAAACUCCAGGAGCAAGGGAAGAAUGCACAGCACGACGAUCUUCAACGAUAUCGCCAGAAGACACGAGUCUCAAGUGUUCAGCUUGCGAAGCAAAGCACCAAUCUUAUUGUUACAAAGACAGAAGAGCUCAAACUCGAAGAAUCACCGAGCUUCCUGGCACAAAUGCCAAUUCGCAUUAAGAGCAUCAUACAUGAAUAUCUUUCAAUAGUAGAUUUAAAUGAAGCUAUUGCGUGCGUUCAGGAAAUACCCGUACAACCGUUUCAUAUCGAGUUGGCCGAGCAGGUCAUUAACACAGCGCUAGAAGGAAAGACAUAUGAACGGGAGCACGCGGUGGAAUUGCUCGUAGGAUUGUAUGAGCGUGGGGCACUGGACGCAAACUCAAUCCAAACAGCUUUGGUAAACGUCAUGCAGUUUCUUGAAGACAUGAAGAUCGAUUUGCCCUUGAUUCACCAGUACUCCGCACUUAUCCUUGGUCGUUUGGUCGUUACAGGUUGUUUUGGUUUGUCUUGGGUGAUUUCAGAAGUCUUAUGUCAUUGCGUAGAUUGCCAUCUCGCUUCGUUGGUUUUUCCUGAGGUGCUGUCGGUGCUGGAAUCAGAGACUGACGACAGGACAGUUAUUCGGAUGCUAACAGAUGAUGAAAUCUCACCGGAGAGUGUAUUGCCUGAUGCAAUGAGAAAUGAAGUUAGUGUGAAAACGUACCUUCAUGAAAAUGGUAUCCAGUUCUAUUUUACUGACGAGGAGCAAGAACUGGAUGAGGAGUCUACUGGAAAGCUUCGUGGCAUUUUGGAAGAGUACCUCUUCGCCAAGGAUAUAAAUGAAGUUUUACUGUGCAUCGACGAGCUGGAAACAGUGCCCGAUCGGUGGCGACACUUCGUUCACAUUGUGCUGAUGAUAGGUAUUGAAGUCAAACAGUCGGUACGCAAAAAUCUGACCGAAUUGCUUGUAAUCCUUUCGACAAACGAAACAAUUAAACCCGAAGAUAUCGAAACUGCUGCCGAAAUUAUACUAGAUGAUUAUGAAGACUUGCGUGUUGAUAUUCCUCAAAUUGCCGUCAAUCUGAGCGAACUCUGGACACCUUUGUUUGCAAAGGAGAUGCUAUCAAUUCAAUGGUUGAACGAGGCUUGCUGUCAUCUGAUUGAAAGUGGUCGCCUUGCAGAUAUUCUGCAUGCAUUGUUGUCUACCUUUGAAUCGCUAGACGGUCUUGAAGCUUUAGCAAAUUGGUGGAAGAAGCAGGCAGACGGAGAUGCCAUUUUAGAGCAGAUGUUAGCUACUGAAAAUGGCAAACCUAAAGAUGAGCGUCUCAUAAAGUGGAAGUCUGUGCUUCAAUGA